AGGAAGUCCGGACUCGGAGCGGUUGAACCGCGGCGCUCACGCUGGAAACAGUCGCGGAAAUAACGGAGUAUUUUAGUUCUUUUAACACUUUGGAGCGUCUGUUUCUCCGGGAUGGAGUUUGUGCUACAAACUUCCGCCGGUGAACAAAGUUAAAGAGCAGAAGGUUAACCCCCCCAGAUGUGGCUGCCACUUCUGCUCAGACUGCUGCUGCUGAAAGAUGGAGAAGCUGCUGUUAGCGAGAGGCUAAAGCUCGGCCUGGAGGGAUGACAGGAACCCUGGAGAAGGGGGAGACUCCCAGGACCUGCUAGACCAGGACUCCAGGACCUCCUAGACUCUCCAGGACCUCCUAGACUCUCCAGGACCUCCGAGACUCUCCGGGACUCAGGACUGGUUCUCGUUAGCGUGAAGCUCCAGACCUCCAGGACUCCAGAACCUGCUAGACCCCCCAGGUCAGACCUCCAGACCUCCUGGACUCCAAGACUCCAGGACUCCAGGACUCCAGGACUCCAGACCUCCAGGACUCCAGGACUCCAGGACUCCAGGACUCCAGGACUCCAGGACUCCAGGACUCCAGGAUGGGCUCCGAGGGGUUCCAGUACCGAGCCUUGUACGACUACAGGAAGGAGCGUGACGAGGACAUCGACCUCCACGUGGGAGACUCGCUGCUCGUUAGCAGAGGAGCGCUGCUAGCGCUGGGCUACGGGCCCGGGUCCGAGGAGAGACCGGCCGAGAUCGGCUGGCUGCCGGGCCUCAACGAGACCACGCAGGAGAAAGGAGAUUUCCCGGGGACGUACGUGGAGUUCGUGGGCAGGAAGAGGAUGUCCCCGCCCACGCCCAAGCCCCGCCCCCUCAGGCCUCCGUCAGCGGCGUCGGUUCAGGCGGACUCCGAGUCCGAGGGUUUGGUGCUGCCGGAUCUUCCAGACCAGUUCGGACCUCCGGACACGGCGCCGCCCCUGCUGGCCCGGCUGAUGGAGGCCGUGGAGACCAGAGGUCUGGAGGGUUCUGGUGGUUCUGGGGGGCCCGGCGGGUACCGCAGCAUCAGUGGGGGGGUCCUGGACCCCCGGCAGCUGGCCGACACCGACCUGGACCAGCUGGACCAGAACCACCUCUGUGACGGGGUGGUCCGGUUCCUGCAGGACCUGCCGGGCCCGGUGCUGCCCAGACCCCUGCAGACCGACAUGAUCCGGACUGUUCAAGAGGUCCGGGACCCGGAGGACUGUGCCCGGGUUCUGAGGGGGGUUGCCGGUUCCAGCUCCUGCCCCCCCCAGUACGGCCUGACCCUGCUCAGCGUGGUCCGGCACCUGGCCCGCAUGACCCGGACCUGGACCCAGAACCAGGACCAGCACCAGGACCAGCUGACCCCCCGGGGCCUGGCCGAGGCCUUCAGCCCGCUGCUGUUCCGGAACACAGGGUCCGACCCCGAUCCGGACCCCCUGGUUCCGGUCCUGGAGGUUCUGAUCACCAGCGAGCUCAACAUGAACCGGGCUGCUCCAGCUCUUCCUCCCAAACCGGUGAAACCUCCAACUCCAGCAGCUUCUUCUUCUUCCAGUUCCAACAUGAACCUGCAGGAGGCCGAGUGGUACUGGGGGGACAUCAGCAGGGAGGAGGUGAAUGAGAAACUGAGAGACACGGCAGACGGAACUUUCCUGGUUAGAGACGCUUCCACCAAGAUGCUGGGAGACUUCACCCUGACCCUGAGGAAAGGCGGGAACAACAAGCUGAUCAAGAUCUUCCACCGGGACGGCCAGUACGGAUUCUCGGACCCGCUGACGUUCAGCUCGGUGGUCGAGCUGAUCCAGUUCUACCGGCACGAGUCCCUGGCCCAGUACAACCCCAAGCUGGACGUGAGGCUGCUGUACCCGGUCUCUAGACUCCAGCAGGACCAGGUGGUGAAGGAGGACAGCAUCGAGGCCGUGGGGAAGAAGCUCCACGAGUAUCACCUGCAGUACCAGGAGAAGAACCGGGAGUACGACCGGCUGUACGAGGACUACACCCGCACCUCUCAGGAGAUCCAGAUGAAGCGGACGGCCAUCGAGGCGUUCAACGAGACCAUCAAGAUCUUCGAGGAGCAGAGCCAGACGCAGGAGCGCUUCAGCAAGGAAUACAUCGACAAGUUCCUGCGGGACGGCAACGACAAGGAGGUGUCGAGGAUCGUGGAGAACUCUGAGAAGCUGCAGGCCCGGAUCGGGGAGAUCGUGGACUCGCGGCGCCACCUGGAGGCCGAGCUGAAGAACCAGGCCAGCGAGUACCGGGAGAUCGACAAGAAGAUGAACAGCAUCAAACCGGACCUGAUCCAGCUGCGCAAGACCCGGGACCAGUACCUGAUGUGGCUGACCCAGAAGGGGGUCCGGCAGAGGAAACUGAACGAGUGGCUGGGCCUGAAGAACGAGACCGCCGAGGAUGAGUAUAGCCUGGCGGAGGACGAGGACGACCUCCCCCACCACGACGAGCGUCUCUGGCGUCUCAGGAACCUGAACCGGGACCAGGCGGAGUCGCUGCUGCGCGGGAAACGGGACGGAACCUUCCUGGUCCGGGACUCCAGCAAGCCGGGCUGCUACGCCUGCUCCGUGGUGGUGGACGGCGAGGUCAAACACUGCGUGAUCAACAAGACGUCGAGCGGCUUCGGCUUCGCGGAGCCGUACAACCUUUACCCCAGUCUGAAGGAGCUGGUGCUGCACUACCAGCACACCUCGCUGGUGCAGCACAACGACUCGCUCAACGUCACGCUGGCCUUCCCCGUGUACGGCCGGGGGGGGCGCUGAGGCCCCGGGGGGCCAGGCCCCGCCCCCUGGGGGCCGGGGGGCCCGCCCCCUGGGGGCCGAGGCCCCGCCCCCAGGACACAUAACCCCGCCCACACCUCUCUGGUGCAGCACAACGACUCGCUCAACGUCCAGCUGGCCUUCCCCGUGUACGGCCGGGGGGCCCGCUGAGGCCCGGGGGGCCCAGGCCCCGCCCCCGGACACAUGACCCCGCCUGGAUCAAACCAUCGCAACCACCUGGACAAUUUCAAUCUUUCAAAUUUUUUGUUCUUCCUGUCAGGAGGAAAUUAAACAUUCUUAAUGACUACUUCCUGUUGAUGGAGUUUACUUCCUGUUGACUCAGUUUGAAACCGGACGACUUCAUGUUGGAACCAGCUUCACUACCUGUUGGAACCACUUCCUGUUGGAACCAGCUCCACUUCCUGUUGGAACCAGGAAGUAUCUGCCCGAG